AUGGAUUCUCCAUUGUGGGUGAUCAUCUCAAUGGUACUUGUGGUGGUGGUGGUGGUGGAUGUUGCAGAAGCUUCCAUGGAGUUCAAAGUUGGAGGGUUAGAAGGUUGGCGGCAGCCUUUUGAAAAUGAAACCGCCAUUUACAUUCAAUGGGCUUCAAACAACAGAUUCCAUGUCGGGGAUUCUCUUAGAUUUGAAUACAACAACAACAAGAACAAGGAUUCGUAUUCGGAUUCGGUUAUAGUUGUGGACAAAUAUUGCUUUUACCACUGCAAUUCUUCGUCCUGCACUGCAGCCGUGGUCUAUGAAGACGGAAACACCACCAUCCGCCUGGAGAAAACCGGACCGGCCUACUUCAUAAGCGGCAACAUAACUCACUGCAAGCAAGGCCAGAGGCUUGUCAUCCAGGUCAUGUCCUCCUCCUCCAUCUACGAUUCUCCCCCCUCCAUCGCCCUUCCACCGGACUCCUCCUCCUCCUCCUCCUCCUCCAACACUAAUACUGCCGCCGCCGCCGCUCCAUCGCCUGCAUCCUCAACUUCUUUCGCUCUUCCGAUGCCUCUUCUUAUGAUUACUGCUGCUACUGCUGCUUCUUAUUUAUUUGCUGCUACUGCAACUACUACUACUAUUACUAUUUAA